AGGGAAUGACAGGCAUCUCCACAGGCCGGCUACAUCCACCUCGGCCGAGGUGUCGUCAUUGGCUGCCUAUUAGAAAAACCUACAGGACAAUGCAUACCACCGACUGCCGACUGUAAACACAGGGGAUGUGUGUUCGCUUUGCGCGGACUUCUGGGAGGGGCUAAGGAAGGGCGGUCUGCAGUUUUAUUGAAUAGAGCAGUGUGUAUUGGGCCGCCUGCCUGCCUGCCCUCUUGCUGUGCUCCUGCUUAAAGAAAUCGGUCCUUCCUUUCGGACUCAGUCCCCGGGAAGAAGUUUCAGCCUAUGAGGUAUCAUUAAAACAUUCCAAGGUCAUCCAGUUGAAUUCCACAGGGAUUGGUGGUCAACCAGACGGCUCAGACGUGGAUAUCUGAUUGCUUACCUAUCCAGACAUCAUCUGGUCUCCCUGAACCUGAAAGCGCACCAUGGAUGAUUUUGAACGUCGCAGAGAACUUAGGAGGCAAAAGCGGGAAGAGAUGCGCCUAGAAGCAGAAAGAAUCGCCUACCAGAGGAAUGACGACGAUGAGGAAGAGGCCGCCCGGGAGCGGCGCCGGCGAGCCCGACAGGAAAGGCUGCGGCAGAAGCAAGAAGAAGAAUCACUGGGGCAGGCGACCGACCAGGUGGAGGUUCACGCCCAGAACAGUGUGCCCGACAAGGAGGUCAAGGACACCACCGCGAACACGCAGGUCGAGGGCGAUGAUGAGGCUGCAUUCCUGGAGCGCCUGGCUCGGCGGGAAGAAAGACGCCAGAAACGCCUUCAGGAGGCGCUGGAGCGUCAGAAGGAGUUCGACCCCACAAUAACAGACGGGAGUCUCUCACUAUCGAGCAGAAGAAUGCAAAACGACAUGGCAGAAAAUGAAACCAAAGAGAAGGAAGAAAAGAGUGAAGGUGGCCGAGAAAGAUACGAGAUAGAGGAAACAGAAAUAGUCAUAAAGUCCUACCAGAAGAAUGAUUGGAGAGAUGCUGAAGAGAAGAAGAAAGAGGACAAAGAAGAGGAGGAAGAGAAGCCAAAGCAAGAGAGCAUCAAAGAAAAUCAGGUAGAGGUGAUGGUAGAAGAGAACACAGUAGCAACUCAAGAAGAAACCGUGGGAUUAUCUUUGAAAAAUGGGCAAAUCAGUGCAGAUGAGCCUAAAAUAGAGGAUGAGAGGGAACAAGGUUCUGAAGAGAUUACCCAAAAUGAAAAGAUGGAGGAGGAAGAAAGGGAAAGGGCCCAGGCAGAGAGGCUCAGGUUAGAAGCAGAAGAAAGAGAAAGAAUUAAAACUGAGCAAGACCAAAAGAUAGCGGAGGAGAAAGCAAGACUUGAGGCUGAAGAAAAAGCAGCUGCCCAAGAGAGAGAGAGAAGGGAGGCAGAGGAGAGGGAAAGGGUUAAGGAGGAAGAGCGAAGAGCAGCGGAGGAGAGGGAAAGGGUAAAGGCAGAGGAAGAAGAGAAGGCUAAGAUAGAAGAGCAAAACCGUAAAAAGCAGCUAGAGGAGAAAAAAAGCGAAGUGCAAGAGAAAAAGAUGAAAGGGGAAAAGGUAGAAGAGAAUGUAGAAGGGAAAUGGGUCAAUGAAAAGAAAGGACAAGAGGAUAAACGCCAGACAGCUGUCCAAAAGAAACAGGAAGAAGAAAAGGGGGCUAAAAUACAGCCCCAAAGAGAAAAGUCCCAAGAAGACAAGCCUACAUUCAGAAAGGAAGAGAUCAAAGACGAGAAGAUUAAAAAAGACAAAGAGCCCAGAGAAGAAGUUAAGAGCUUCUUGGAUGGAAAGAAAGGAUUUACAGAAGUGAAGUCGCAGAAUGGAGAAUUCAUGACCCACAAACUUAAACACACUGAGAAUACUUUCAGCCGACCUGGAGGGAGGGCCAGCGAGGCCAAGGAGGCGGAAGGAGCUCCCCAAGUGGAAGCUGGCAAACGCCUGGAGGAGCUGCGCCGCCGCCGCGGGGAGACCGAGAGCGAAGAGUUCGAGAAGCUCAAACAGAAACAGCAGGAGGCAGCCCUGGAGCUGGAGGAGCUGAAGAAAAAGAGGGAGGAACGAAGGAAAGUCCUGGAGGAGGAAGAACAGAGGAGGAAGCAGGAGGAAGCUGAGCGAAAAGUCAGAGAGGAGGAAGAGAAGAGGAGGCUAAAGGAGGAGAUAGAAAGGCGAAGGGCAGAAGCCGCUGAGAAACGCCAGAAGAUACCGGAAGACGGCUUAUCAGAUGACAAGAAGCCAUUCAAGUGUUUCACUCCUAAAGUUUCAUCUCUCAAGAUAGAAGAGCGAGCAGAAUUUUUGAAUAAGUCUGUGCAGAAAAGUGGUGCCAAAUCAACUCAUCAAGCGGCAGUCGUCUCCAAGAUUGACAGCAGGCUGGAGCAGUACACCAGUGCCAUCGAGGGAACAAAAACUGCAAAACCUACAAAGCCGGCAGCCUCAGAUCUUCCCGUUCCUGCCGAAGGCGUUCGCAACAUCAAGAGCAUGUGGGAGAAAGGGAAUGUGUUUUCAUCCACUACCACAUCAGGCACACCUAACAAGGAAACCGCUGGCUUGAAGGUGGGGGUUUCCAGCCGCAUCAGCGAAUGGCUAACUAAAUCCCCUGAUGGAAACAGGGCACCUGCUCCCAAACCUUCUGAUUUGAGGCCAGGAGACGUAUCUGGCAAGCGGAACCUCUGGGAAAAGCAAUCCGUGGAUAAGGUCACAUCUCCCACUAAGCAGGUUUGAGACCAUUCAAGAAAGAAGCCAGAGUCACGCUCCGGAUGCUGGACCCACUCAGCUGAAGAGGGCUAACGUGUUCUGUUUUAUAUUUAUGUUGAUUUACUAAAUUGGGUUAAUUUCCUUUUGUUUUAUUUUUCAUUAUCCCAGUAAAGCCAUGUAUAUUAUCACUAUAUUUAAUAAUCACAGUCUAGAGAAGUUCGUGGUAAAAAGUACUUCCUUUGCACAGGAGCCUGUUUCUAAGGAAACCCAUGCUGUGAAAUACUUUUCUACUGAUCAUCAUAACUCGGAACAGUGAUACCAACCACAUUGGAAGUCAAACAAAAGGAGGUGCAAGCUGAAAAUUGCCUGAGGAAUGUGUGCAGUAUCCAGAAAAACAAACCAUAGUGUGUUGUGGUGUGGUUUUUUUUUUUAACUUUAAAUACAGAAGUCAUGUUGUUUCUGCACUUUAGAAUAAAGUAAAGCAUGGAAGAAGUUAUCGUAAUAGGCAAUUGUGACACUUUCUGAAAGUAACCCAUUUCAGAUUUGAGAUAUUGCAAUAAUGAUUGUCCUUUUUAAAAAAUGUGCUGUUAAGGUAUUACUUUUUUCAUGCUGAUGAAUAUCUAAAUUGGACAAUGAUGUUAGAAGACAGUGGUACCAAUUUCUUUAGGUUGGUUGCUUUGUGGAUUUCUUUGGUAGCGAUAGUAAACCACAUUUUAGAUGGCCUGAUCAUGUAUGUAUGUGCAUACACAUAUACAAACACACUAAUGGUAGAAAGCUUCUUUAUGUGCUAGACUAUUAUAUUUAGCAGCCUGUCCUUUUAACUAGCCAAUAUCACAGCUUUUCAAAAAUUAAAAAUCACAAUAUGAUAUUAAUAUUCAUAUUUGCCUGUAGAGACAUGGCAGACUAGGUAUCGAUGUGUGUUCAAGGCCCUAUAGAUAACCUGUAAGAAAAAGGAGAGAUUCAAAAUGUCAAAAUGAAUGGAUAUUUUCUAUAAAACAUAGUAUUUAGCUUAUAACUAAAAGCAACCUUGAAGUCCAGUGUGAAUUUUACUAAAUCUACCAUCUGGGUCAAACUGAAAGCUUGCUGAGAACUUUAUUCUAUUAACAAUCAAGUUCCCAACAGGUUGGCCCAAAUGAUAUCUGAGGUCCAUUCCUUAUCUAAAAUUUAAAGAUGAGAAUUUUAGUGACAAUACUACAGAAUGAAAUUCCAUGUAUGGGUAUAAAAGACCAACUUUGUCUAAUGUUUGGAAGCAGAGAAGAAAAGUACGCAAAAUCCGUAUUUGGAAGUCAUGACAGUCCUUCUAUCUUUAAUAUACUGAACGAUUUUUUAACUUAUAUGUUUCUACUUUUAUUAUUAGUCAUUGGUACUUGUGAUAAGUUGAUAAUGUGCUGAACUUUCCAAAAAUACAUAAAACUUUCACUAGUUUUACCAUUUUCCCCAAGAGUAUUUAUCAACUCAUCUUUUUUACACAUACAAUCCAGACAUCAGAUCUUAUUUUAGCUUAUAAGUAUUCAUCCGUUCUUCACAAGUGAUGAGAAAGGAGUUCUCCGGUGUCUUGGCAAUAUGUUCUAGCAUAGUGAUACCUAGGGUAGUUCUAUAAACUUAUACCUCAUUUGACUUAACCAAAGGUGUCCUACUCUCAAUUCCUACCACAACGAGGGAGCCCCCAAAUGACUAUUUUCUGAUCUACAGUAUUCCCCUGGAAAGGCUAGCCAGGGUAGACUCUGCCUUGCAAAGUCUAUUUUCCUCAAAAGUCAGUACAGAGUAGUUGAAUUCUCUAGCUUUUAGCACACCUGGGCCAAAGGAAGGAAAGCCACCAAGACUGCACAAGUCACCCACCCAUGACAGAGUAGAUGCUAGUCUAUGAUAAGAUAAACUAGAGUCCACAUGUAGUGCCUGAUUUAGUGUUGACUCCCAUCACUGGAGUGAAAUGGAUCAAAGUUUGAGUUAAGGCCCAUGGCGAUGUAGCAUUGCUUUGUUGUACUUUUGAACAAGAGCUUCUCCUGAUCACUAUUAUAUAUAUUUUUUCUCGAAAGUCUAAAGUUGAGAAGAGAAUAUAUAGAUCCUGACUUUUAUUCCGAUAUUUGAAUGGAAUAAGUUUUAGGGUAGAACUUUGUUCAGUUUGGAUUUAAUGUUUUGAAAAACUAAAUCCCUUGUUUACUUGUUUGAUUACAAUUCUCUUUGUUAUCUUUAAGAGGUAAAACUGCAAAGUGACUAGCAUGUUCUGUGAAUCUGCCAUUCCUAAAAAUUUUAUCAACACUUGAUAUUUUUCACUGAUAAUUGAUCGCUGCAAUAAAUAUAUAUUGUGAAAAUGCAUCCACAAUAAAUGGAAUUCCUCCAAA